CAGGGAUGGGGACACAGGCUCCUUGGGGCAGGAGGGUUGCACAGGUGAGGAGCUCUGUGUGAGGCACAGCAGGGGUGUGACACUGGGUUUGUCACCUGCCCUGCUCAGGGGGAUGGCAGUGGAAAGAGCCUGGAUCUCCCCAAGGACAGGUUCAAAAGGGGCCAGGCUCCUCCCCUGGUUCCACGAGAGCUGAAGCAGCACAGGUGCCAGACACCUGUAUUUUGGAGGUUGUAUUCCAUCCUCUUUCUGCUCUGGUAACAAAGGGCUCUGGAUGGACACAAACGCUCUUGAAAACAGGGUCAGGGAUUUGCAUCUGGUUUGUGAUUUCUGUCCAUUUGUGAUUUCUGUCCAUUUUUCUACAUGAGAAGUCAGCCAGCAGCACAGGCUGAGGAACAGCUCAGGUCUGAGGAACCUGAGGCUUCUGCUUUUGUAGAAUUAUGUUUAAAAGUGGUCUGUGAAAGUCUUCUGUGAGGGAAGUGUCUUGUCUUUCACAAAACUCCAACUCUGAUCGUGUCUCUGAGUAGAUUCAGCUCCACUUUCCCUUUUCCCCUGUGUGGGGCAGGAUUGGGUGGUGCAGAGCCCUUGUCAUUCUGGCAGUGGCUCGGGGUGAGGGUCCAGAGCUGCCCAGCCAUCCCCAGCUCUCCCCGUGUUUGCAGAGCUCAGAGCUGCUCGGGAUGUGCAGGGACAGUUUUGAUCAGCUCUGCUCCCAAAUAAUCUGCAAGUACAGAGUAUGGAUAAAGCUGUCAGUUAUCCAGUGCAGAUGAUGUAAUAAAGACAAUUUUCCACUUUAUUUUUAGACUGUGAGAAAGGGAGAAAAACACCAAAAUGACGUGUCUAAAGCCCUGAAGACACUUGCAACAGUCUUGGACUCAUUUCCUCAAUGAUGCUUUUAUUUUGCAGUUUUGGUGAUGAUGUGUCUGUUUUCCUUCUGCUAGAUCACUAAUUUAUUUGGGUCUGACGAGUCUUGCUCCUGGCAGCAGCCGUAGGAGCAGGGCCUGCAGUGCGUGUGCCAGCUGUGCGAGCACACCAACUUCACGUGCCAGACGGAGGGCGCCUGCUGGGCCUCGGUCAUGCUGACCAACGGGCGCGAGGAGGUGGUCAAGUCCUGCGUGUCCCUGCCCGAGCUGCAGGCUCAGGUCUUCUGCCACAGCUCCAAGAACGUCACCAAGACCGAGUGCUGCUACACCGACUUCUGCAACAACAUCACACUGCGCCUGCCGCUCGUGUCGGAGGCCGCAGGCCGCGCAGGCCGGCGCUCGGCGGUGCUGGCGGUCACGGUGGCGGUGCCGGUGUGCGCGGUGCUGCUGGCGCUGCUGGUGGCCUGCACGGCGCGGGGCUGGCGGCGCCGCGGGACCAAGCCACCCAACGUGGAGGAGCCGCUGUGCGAGGGCAGCCUGGUGGGCUCGGGGAAGACGCUGAAGGAUCUCAUCUACGACAUGACCACCUCCGGCUCCGGCUCCGGUCUGCCUCUGCUGGUGCAGAGAACCAUCGCCAGGACCAUUGUCCUGCAGGAGAUUGUGGGCAAAGGACGCUUUGGAGAAGUCUGGCGUGGGAAGUGGUGCGGGGAGGAUGUGGCCGUGAAAAUCUUCUCCUCCCGAGACGAGCGGUCCUGGUUCCGGGAGGCAGAGAUUUACCAGACAGUCAUGCUGAGGCACGAGAACAUCCUGGGCUUCAUUGCUGCUGACAACAAGGAUAACGGGACGUGGACUCAGCUCUGGCUUGUCUCCGAGUACCACGAGCAGGGCUCCCUGUUUGACUACCUGAACAGAGGCACGGUGACCGUGGAGGGCAUGGUCAGGCUGGCACUCUCAGUGGCCAGUGGCCUGGCCCACCUGCACAUGGAGAUCGUUGGCACCCAAGGGAAGCCGGCGAUCGCACACCGGGACCUGAAAUCCAAGAACAUCCUGGUGAAGAGGAACGAGACCUGCGCCAUCGCCGACCUGGGGCUGGCGGUGAAGCACGACUCGGUGCUCAACACCAUCGACAUUCCCCAGAACCCCCGCGUGGGCACCAGGAGGUACAUGGCCCCCGAGAUCCUGGACGACGCGAUGAACGUCAACAUCUUUGAGUCCUUCAAGCGUGCGGACAUUUACUCGCUGGGGCUGGUGUACUGGGAGAUAGCCCGGAGGUGCUCUGUUGGAGGAGUCACUGAGGAGUACCAGCUGCCUUACUACGACCUUGUGCCUUCUGAUCCUUCCAUAGAGGACAUGAGAAGGGUUGUCUGUGAACAGAAGCUCAGACCAAGUAUUCCAAACCAGUGGCAAAGCUGCGAGGCUCUGCGGGUGCUGGGCCGGGUGAUGCGCGAGUGCUGGCGCUCCAGCGGUGCCGCCCGUCUCACCGCGCUGCGCGUCAAGAAGACCAUCUCCCAGCUCUGCGUGCCCGAGGACUGCAAGGCCUGAGAGCUGCCCGUGGAGCACAGGGCAGGGCGUGCUGCUGGCCAUCUUCCCACCUGUGAUAGUAUUUUUGUUUCUGCUCUACCUCAGAUGAUGUGGCUCGGUGCUGCCGCGGGACGAGGCAGCUCGGGACUCGCCGUUCGGGUUUGGCACAGCAAGUCCGUGACUUGCUUUGGGUUUUUUGAGUAAAUCAGACACCAGUGAAUCGCAGGGAGGAGCUUAAAGCAUCAUGACAGUGUAAAAAUACUUUUUGCUGUUGUGCUUUUCAUCCUUGUCAGACCCCAAACGUCCUGGAAGUGUCUGGUGUUGGUCAAAGCCUGUUUGUGAGACAAACCUCAUGUUCUGUCCUCAAACCAAGUAAUAGACCAAAUUAACCCAGCUUUUAACCUGGUAUUUUUGUUUUUGUUUUUGUUUUUUUUUUCAGGGAUCUGAAAAAGGGUUGUCAGUAAAUGCAUUUUGAACUACUAUAUUUAUAAUUAACCAAGCAGUUGAAAAGAUGGAAAUUCCACUGAGUGUGUACACUGUGAACAAAACCAUAGAGUCAGUUCCCUAUUAACAUUUAUUUUUAUUGUCCAGUUUCACAUACAAUAUCAUGGUUAAAAUUUGAGUUGUUUUACUCUGUCUUUUGUUCAUCGAACAGAUCAAUCAAGGGACAAGUUUUCCUUUUAACAGUUAGUAGGAAAAAUAACAGAGGCAAUACUUUUCUGUUAGCUGUGAAAGAAUGGAACAGGAGAAAUUCUACCUAAAAUGAGAAAAUAUUUAUUUUUAACAAUCUCUUUCCACUCAUUGGCAGCAAUUUUUUAGUGCCUUUUUGAUGUAUUAUGGGGAAGCUUUAACAAAAGCCAGUGCAGCCUGUUCAGUGGUUUCUUACAGAAUUCUGCCCACAGCACCAGGCUGGUGAUGAAUAUGAACAUUUCUGACCAGGUUUCUGUAUCACAAGCCAGCAAAGUGAGUUUGGGUUAAAAUUCAACAGAGCUCUGGCAUCUUGUGGAUUUUGGCCCACUCCGUGGCCCACGUAUUUGAAUAUAGUGUUGGAAUAUUUUUAAUAGGCAAAAUUUUACAUUUCAUAGUCUUGUGGUUCUUUAAAUCCAGCUGGCCCAUGGAAACGAAUCCCAAAGAUGUUUCCAGAAUAGCAAAGCGUUGCAGAAAUCUGAUGUGACCCCUGCAGUUCGUGGCAGCUGUUGGCUGAUCACGGUGUGCCAGAUCAGUCUUUGGGGCAGAAUGUCUUGAUGGGAACUAUUUCGGGGAAGAAUGUGUUAAACUUUUACUGAGUGCGGUGACCAGCAGUGCCAUUACUCGGUGGUCAGCAGUGCCAUUACUCGGUGGUCAGCAGUGCCAUCACUCGGGUUCCACCCUGAUGUCCUCAUCUGCAGGACACUGCUGUCCUCGGUGGCUGUUAAUUGCCCAUGAAUAGCCUUUGAUGCAAUUUACCCCUGAACAGUCUUUGAUGCAAUUUACCCCUGAAUAGCCUUUGAUGCAAUUUACCCCGGCACAGAACUCGGUCGCUGCUGGUCCUGCAGGGCUUUGUGUGC